AAAAUAAUGGUUGUCCAUCAUCUGAAUUCGGAAGGGCAAUUUAAUUUGGCUCUUAAUUCUUCAAAACCAGUUGUUGUUGAUUUUUUCGCCGUCUGGUGUGGUCCUUGUCAACGAAUAGCUCCAAUUUAUGAGCAACUUUCUAACAAAUAUAUUAAUUUACUAUUCGCGAAGUUAGAUGUUGAUAAAGUAAAAAGUGUUGCCACCCAACAAGGAAUAUCUGCAAUGCCAACAUUUGUUGUCUAUAUAAAUAGGUCAAAAGUUGAUGUAUUUCGUGGAGGUGAUGUAACUGCUUUAGAAGCGUUUAUCAAGAAAUGGUCAGACAGUGCUCCUAAAGAAGAAAGUCUUGUAGCUGGUCAAGUUGAUCUCAUAUCAUUUAUUAAUAAAUCACAAAUUGAAUGUUUGAAUGAAAACGACCGCUUCACACUCAAUAAUUUGAUGACGAAUAACGGUGAACUUAUUUCGGAUUGCGAUCAACAAUUAAUCAUUUAUCUGCCAUUCAAUAUACCUGUAAAACUGCAUUCAAUAUAUAUGAAAGGGAAAGGAGAUUCAGCGCCAAAAACAGUAAAAAUCUUUUCCAAUUUGACGAAAACUCUCGAUUUUGAUCGUGCCGGUGCUUCUGACGGGGUGCAAACAAUCUAUUUUAGUGAAAAGGUAUUGAAAUUUAAAGGAGAAUUAUUAAACUUGCGAUACGUGAAAUUCCAAAAUGUUAAUAAUAUACAAUUAUUUGUUGCUGAUAAUCAAGGUAACGUCGACAAUACAUGUGUUCAAUCGUUGCGAUUGUAUGGUACACCUGUUUCUGCUAUGAAUAUGCAAGAUUUUAAGCGAGUAGCUGGCAAAGUUGGCGAGACUGAAUGA